CUGGAAACCUCGCGCUGCCUCACUGUCUCAUGUAGUUCUGCAACAACACGGAUCUGAACCGAAAAGUUUCACUACACUUGGAGAACAGUCAUUUCGACAAGAUUACAUUUUUUUACUCGAAGAGUAAAACUCGCUGGCAAUAAUGCAGAUACAGAUCUAUGUCAGUGUCACUGUCUUGAUCCUGAUCCAAAAAUCCGUCUCAAAGGCUGUGAGUCGCCCGUCUCCUCCUGCUAGCGUGUCGAUUCAGUGUGACAGCUAUGGAGUUGAAGUUCGAUGGAAAUAUUCUGAUCUUGAUCAGGACGUCCAAUUCCAGGUGAAGGUGAUACACGAUUACAAUGAAAGGAACUCAAAUAUUACACAAAAUCUGACACAAAGUCUGCAUUUAAACAUAUCCAAUAUGCUGUUUUAUCCAGCAUACAACCGCUACUAUGUCACUGUGACAGCUGUGCGAGGAGGAGAGGAGUCAGAGCCGACACUAUCAGAUAUCUUCAGCUAUAAUAAAUAUGCUACCGCCAAAAUUAAGUGUUAUUUGGAUUUUCCUGAAGUUGAACUUUCUCCCAAAGAUGGCAAACUUCACGUCCAGUUCACCAACCCUCUUCAGCUGUACAGAAACUCGCCGGCUCUGCGCGGCCUCACCGAUAAUCUGAAAUACUGUAUUGAAACAGAAGAAGGGAGGAAUGAAGCUUGUGAAACCUGUGAAAUGAAGCAAAAUACAUGCGAGGCAUCCGUUGUGUUUUCUGAGUACAGAGGCGAAUACUGCAUCAAUCUGACUGGAAAGAUCGGACAGAGAUUUUUCAAUCUGAGAAGCAGCUGUUUCACAGGAGACAUGAGAAGCUCUGUGAGUCGCCCGUCUCCUCCUGCUAGCGUGUCGAUUCAGUGUGACAGCUAUGGAGUUGAAGUUCGAUGGGAAUAUCCUGAUCUCGAUCAGGACGUCCAAUUCCAGGUGAAGGUGAUACACGAUUACAAUGAAAGGAACUCAAAUGUUACACAAAAUCUGACACAAAGUCUGCGAUUAAACAUAUCCAGUAUGCUGUUUUAUCCAGCAUACAACCGCUACUAUGUCACUGUGACAGCUGUGCGAGGAGGAGAGGAGUCAGAGCCGACACUAUCAGAUAUCUUCAGCUAUAAUAAAUAUGCUACCGCCAAAAUUAAGUGUUAUUUGGAUUUUCCUGAGGUUGAACUUUCUCCCAAAGAUGGCAAACUUCACGUCCAGUUCACCAACCCUCUUCAGCUGUACAGAAACUCGCCGGCUCUGCGCGGCCUCACCGAUAAUCUGGAAUACUGUAUUGAAACAGAAGAAGGGAAGAAUAAAACCUCUGAAACCUGUGAAAUGAAGCAAAAUACAUGCGAGACGUCCGUUGUGUUUUCUGAGUACAGAGGCGAAUACUGCGUCAAUCUGACUGGAAAGAUCGGACAGAGAUUUUUCAAUCUGAGAAGCAGCUGUUUCACAGGAGACAUAAGAAACUAUCCUCCGGUCACCGUGUAUGUGUAUCCAGUUCUGGGGGUUGUUUUAACGCUGCUGUUCAUUACUGGUAUCAUUAUGCUGCUAGUGUCAAUGUGCAACUCAGAAAUGAAGAAGAAAGUUCACCUUAUGUUCCAGUAUUUUACUGAUUUCAGUACACAACCAGCCGAGGAGUGCAGAACUCUGAGAGUGGAGCCAGAGGCUUACAGUGUUGUGAAGAUCGAACAGUCCGAGAACACUAAAGAACAAGACCCGUUUCUUGAGAUGAGCGAUGACGAAUUGCCCUCCAGUACCAAAGGUCUGGGAAGUGGUGAAUUGGAAGUUAAAAGCCCCUAUGGGCCUAAUGACCUUGUUGGAAGUGAGCAGAGCAACCUGUCUGACUUUUAUGACUGUCCACAUGCUCCCGGAAAAAAAUAGGAGAAGAGUCCCGGAGAUAUGGUAGAGUCACACAGCCUAACUGCUUUCAGAGGUACAGAAGUGAAGGAAAGUACCAUAAAGACAGCAAAAUCUGCAUACCUGUCGCCAGGACCUGUUUUGGAAACAUGAUGUGGGAUGGGACUGUUCGUACAAAUACAAGCACUCACGUGACAUCAUGAAAUGGAAUUCCCCCCAGGUUUUCCGGUUUGUUGGCAAUGGAAAAACGUGUUUGGCAAUUGUCUUCAUCUGCACUCCUUUUAUUUGAACCGAAACUCCUCAUACACUAUUUCAGGGAUUUUUAAAAUUCUCCUUAUUAUUAGAGUAUAUUUUUGUUCAUUACUACUUAUAUUUUUCUACAUGAUGUAGUUUUAUCUUCUAUACGGAUAGAGUCUUAUCCUGUGGCCUUAGAACAAAGUUUUACAUUAUCUUUUACAAGUGCUGCUCAGUUCAUGUGGAUUUAUGCUGCGUUUUUGCACGUUUCAUCGGAUUUUCCAUCAGUACUAAACAACUAUUGUAUUUUAUUUGGUUCUGUUGAAAAACUCAAAGAUACCAAAUGGCACCAAAUGCAUGGCUUUGUUGAUUUGAUUACAGAAAAAUACUUUAUUAUUACAUGUGACAUUACUGAUGUGACAUUUUAUUAUAGCUCUGGAUGCCUGGUGCAUAUUUACAAAAAAAUAAAUAUAGAGGUGAAUUAA